CCGCCGCCCACUAGGCCCCCGCCUCCGCCGCCCACUAGGCCCCCGCCUCCGCCACCCACUAGGCCACCAAUAACUGAAACAACAGGAUACGUAUAUGAAAGACCCUCUAUACCGUUCCCGCUACCACCACAACCGCAGCCACCACGGAUUCCACCACCUCAGCCACCUAGAAUCCCACAACCCCAACCGCCAAGGAUACCACCACCACCGCCGCCACCGCAACCCCCGCGGUUACCACCCCCGCCACCACCUCAGCCUCCAAGAAUACCACCCCCUCCACCUCAACCUCCAAGGUUACCACCCCCGCCACCACCUCAGCCUCCAAGAAUACCACCCCCUCCACCUCAACCUCCAAGGUUACCACCUCCUCCACCACCGCAGCCUCCAAGGAUACCACAACCACAGCCACCACGAUUUCCAUCACCGCCCCAACCACCACUAUUUCCACCACAACCUCCUCGAUUCCCGCAACCUUCCACUGGAUACACUUAUACUACUCCCAGAAUACCAUUCACAGUACCAACUAGACCCCCACCGACCCCACCACCUACUACUCCUAGGCCAGUGACAUACCUACCACCUUCAACUAGGCCCCCACCACCACCAACCACUCCACGGCCUGUAACUUAUUUGCCACCAUCAACUAGGCAACCUCCUACGAGGCCACCGCCACCGCCAACUACAACUCGUCCAGUAACUUACUUACCACCCACAACAAGACAACCACCUACUCGACCUCCACCACCGCCCACAACUCCCAGACCGGUAACCUAUUUACCACCGUCAACACGACAACCCCCUACUAGGCCGCCCCCACCACCUACGACGCCCAGACCGGUAACCUACCAACCACCCUCAACCAGACAACCCCCUACGACCCGGAAACCUACUACUGGCUACGAUUAUCCAAAACCCACUAUUCCAUUUACUUUCCCUACGAGACAGACACCACCACCGACUAGACCACCACCCCCUCCAACACCUCCGCCUACUAGGCCACCACCAUCAACCUAUUUGCCUCCAACAAGACCACCACCACCUCCGACACCACCUCCAACCAGGCCUCCACCUCCUUCGACAUAUAUACCACCAACGCAGCCUACCUAUCGGCCACCACCGACUCAACCAUCUACCUAUCUGCCACCCACAAGACCACCUACUUACUCCACUGUUAUAGAAAAUUUCCGAACCACAGGAUAUGAUUACCCAACACCAAAAGUAACAUUUACAUUGCCUACGCAACCGCCAACGAGGGCCACUCCACCUCCAACCAGACCAACACCACCUCCAACCAGACCAACACCACCUCCAACCAGACCGUCUCCACCUCCGACCAGACCGUCUCCACCUCCGACCAGACCGUCUCCACCUCCGACCAGACCGUCACCACCUCCAACCAGACCACCACCACCGCCAACCACCCAGCAAUCAACCGGCUACAGCUAUCCUCAACCAUCCACACCGUUCCCCACUCCAACUCGCCCGCCAUACAUUCCUCCCUCUACUCAAAAGCCAGUUUAUAUAACUCCCCCCACAACCAGGCGUCCUAUAUACGUACCAGUGACUACUAAAGCCCCAUUCACCACCAGACCACCAUUUGUACCAGACGAAGGAUAUUUCUACGACAAACCUCGCGUCCCAUUCGUAUUUUAGCUUGUCUAAGUUGCCAUAUGAUUAUUGUGAUACCAAAAUGUAAGAAAAAUCGCAAAAUUUAAAUUAAGCUAAGGUUGAAAAAAUAUGUAUUUGUCGUACUAAAAUCCCUUACGUACCUGCUAAAUAUAAAUUAGGUAUAAUCGAAUGUAUUAACGCAGUACAUCAUUAUAUCACAUUUUAAAAACAUACAGGUUUAUAAAUUCUAUUUUAAAUAGAAUUUUAAAAACCCAAUGUAUAGCAUUGUUAUGUAUCAUUGUAUGUACUCGUAUAAAUAGUAAAUAGUUCUUUUAAAAUUAAUACUCAAAAACGAAAUUAUAACGACACUGCCAACUAAUCCUAUGUUAAUAUAAGAAAAUAUUUUUAAUAAAAAA